AUGACAUAUGGAUCGGAAUAUUGCCUUGACGCCGGAAUCAAUUCAACGUGGCCGCGAGCGACUCGUCCAGCGCCGACAACGACGACGAGAGCGACAUCAAUCAUGGGUUCAAGGCCACUCGGAUGGUCUCAACGUCCCAAUUACCCGGAGUCGGUCACGCCGUUCUUUGUUGCAAGCCGACCCAACUCCGCGUCCAGCAACACCAGCGCCCCCACGUAUGCGGGAGUCGUCACCACUGGCUCGGCCCUUCCCACCUUUGUCCCUCUUGCCACCAGUCGAGUCAGAUCAAGAAGCGUCGGCCCCGCCGCCGCCGCCGCCGCAAACAACAACGACAGCGCCAACAACGGCGCUGCCAACAACGCAGCCUCCAACAACGACGACGCCAACGGCCACUCCAACGGCCACGCCAACGCCAACUCCACCAGCCACGCCGCCGAUACGGGACCUGGUCAAUCAAACGUCCGCACUUCUGGAUCCCCACCAAAGACCAGCUACUCCAUCAACGACGGCGGUGACAAAGCGAAUGAGCGAGCUGAACCCGUUCGGUCGCAAGAAGAGCCACUUCGAACGCCCAUUGUCAACUCCACCGCCAGUCCUUCGCUUACGGAGCCUAGCCCGGUCUCCUACGAGAGCGACAACGAUUUCACCAUUCUCGAGCGAGCCAUCAACAGCGUCCUCGACUCCUCCAGCAACUCUGAACAAACUGUCGUCGGAGCGGGCACUGACAACAGCCCGGGAACGAGCUCUCGAACGAGCUCUCGAACCAGCCCUGGAACCAGCCCUGGAACCAGCCCUGGAACCGACAGCACCGCCAACGGCCACACCAACGGCAACGCCAACGGCAACGCCAACGGCAACGCCAACCUUUUCGACAAUGCCGCCCCAAUUUGCUCCCGAGUCGAAUUUGUCGAUCCACCCGAUUCAACUGGUGGCGGUAUUUGUGGCGAUUUUCGCACUUUAUCAGAUGCUCAAGGCGUUUUUCACGCGAAACCAGCAAUAAGUGCAUCAGGGCUCAUUCCAAAAGAGCUCUUUUACGCGAAAACUGUCCCCCGCAACACCUGGGUCGACUACUCGUCUUCGCUGGCGAGUCAUGUGCGCGAAAACACGGGCAUUUUUACUCGAAUGCCGACUUCAUUCAAGGGCGAAUUUGGUUUCACCGUUCUCCCGCAAGUUUGGCCUCUUGUCGAAGCAGACGCACUCUUCAAUCAACUGCUCGACGACAUUCUCGUCUGCUGCCACCAGGAAAAGACGCUGACCUUGGACAAUGUGCACCAGCGAUCGUUGCUCUCCAGCCACUUGCUCGAUUCGAUUCCGCACUCGAGCCGCUUUGGCGCAUCCAUUGCACUCGCGGAAUUUUACUUGGCGGCGUGCGAUUGCAAGUUCAUUCCGAGGUCUUAUUGGACGGGGCGAGAAGAGAAUGGUGAUAUGAGAGCCGUCAGCUACCUUGGGCGAAAUAUCUGCUCUUCAACAAACUCGCCACUCACCAACGACUCGACCGCAGCACCAGAGGACAGCGAAUACUUGGUCGGUCUCGACGUUACAACCGAGCUGACAUCGAUUAUGCAAAGCAUUUGCAUGGCGAGUUACUCGGAAGUCAAGUCGCGGCAAGCGUUUUCACCGACUGUGCAUGAAAUCGACUGGACGACUCUUCAUCGCAGCGACGCAUUCGCCCAUCUGGUGACCGUUGCCAACAUUGUCGACUACACGUACAAGGACCUGGCGCUUCCAAUCCAAAAUCGACUCGGCCGAAGAUACCACGAUUUGGAAACUCCGCGAGUCUUUGGAACAUUUCUCCAGGUCGAACUGCCGAAGCUCGCCAAGGAUCUUGCUCUGCUCAAGGGCUACUCCUUUCACCACAACUCGGAAAACGUCGCACUCUCGAUGCUCGGAAUUAUUCGCCAAUUUUUGGUGAAAUUUGUCGAAAGCGAAGAGCAGCGACUCACCAAAGUGCUCUCCUUUACAGCGCUAGAAAAGGAGCUCGUCUUUCAGCCGUUGGAGAAUCUGUCGCCCGAGCAGCAGCAAUCCCGACGCGUUCUCCUCCGCACCCACAAGACCCUGCGCGGCACGUGCAUCGCAAAUCACAGGCACACAAUGUUGGUACUGCUGGAUCGACUCGCCAACUUUUACGUCGUCUUUGCGCUGCAAGAAGAUCCGAUGCUCCGCCUUAAAUCUGUCCUCAAGUACGACCACGUCAUCAACCAAACGCUCAUCACAAAGAGGCGAUCGCAAUUUCGAUCCCUUUUGCAAACGCUGGGCAUGGAUGCAGCCGACUUUCCACUCUACUGCGAGACAAAAAAGCUCGACGGCACAGCGUUUGACAUCAAGCCGCCAAGCCCGCUCAAGCGACGUUUUGAUCCAAGCCGCCUCGUCGCUCCCAGCCGAAAACGAACCAUCAGUUCCGUCUUUAGAAGCGUCGUCGGAGUUCCAACUCGUCGAGCCUCUGCACGUGCUUCAUCCGUAGACACCGCCGGGGCGUACGCCGCCACCGCCGCCGUCAGUACUGGCGCCACAGCUGCAAGCAGCGCCACCGGGGCGUACGCCACCGCCGCCUCAAAUAAAAACGACCCCUUUUCAGCACCCAAGCAAGCCUGUCCUGCAGUUCAAGAAUGCACGAACAUUAUAUUAGAAAAGGAUACACGUGUGAAACAAGUUCAAUACGGCUAG